GACGCUUCCACCACACCUCCGCCAACUCAACGCUACCUCCGCCAGAAACCCCAAUCGAAUAUUCGCUUUCGCAGCCAUGAUGCCAAUCAUUCAUCCCUCAUCGGCUUAAUUACCUACAGGGAAGAGGAACAAUGCUCUACAACGCCCUCAUUCGAACCCACCAUAUCACCUCCCGCAAAAAGGUCUCGGCGUUGAAACGUGCGGCCGAUAUCCACAACUGCUUCGUGCUUCUUCGCUCCGGAGGAUGUCCCGGGAUCAUGUACGUUGAAGCAAAAGACCUAGGCGCUGUCGAAUCGUGGGUAACUGUCGUGCGAAAACUGCGGUAUAAAGAUUUCCAACUGGCCACCCGCCCGGGACCAUUGUACGACGAGAAUCAACAGGAAACCCGAGAUCAGACACAAAUACCCAAAACGAGAAACCAAGAUCCAAGGGCUGGGGUCUCCGAGGUCGAAUCGGUGAAGGAGUUUGGGAGUCUGAUGGAACAGCGUGGUGUCUGGAAAUGGUGGAGAAAAGGAAUGGGAUACGUAAGCUGAUGGAAACAUCGGCUGUGUAUACGGAGGCCAUUCUCUCUGGUUCAAGUCAAUGAAUAGCUUUGCCCUUCUACGAGGGCUGCCAGACCCAUCAGCAACAAAAUUAGAUCCGGCAGCCUUUCGGAUCUAUGGACUGUGCAACCCGUCACCACGAUUGACCAGGACCAGAUUAU